AUGCGGGGCUGGGGCUGGAGGCGGCGGCGGGGUCGGCGUCGCGCUCCCCGGACAUGAAGUGGUUACCGGGAGCUCCAGGUCUUGAUUUUAAUGUUUUUGUCCUCAAGACUCGUGUUUUCUUCAUCCAUCUUGCAUCAUCAGAGAAUACAGUUUCUCUUUCCAUCUGAGGAUGCUUUUUUCUCCUCCUCCCACUGUUCACAGGAAGCCUCCCAGCUCCUGGCCACAGCCACUAUCAGCAGCUCAGAGCAGGCAUUACAGGGUUCGUCCUGCUUAGAUACUGCUCCAACAGCAACUGGUGCAAAACUAACUGCACAUAUAAUCUGUGGGAAGGAGCUCUGGGAGACAGCUAAGAGACAGUGACAAUGUCUUUAAACAGGCGGACAAUUCCUACUCAACUUGGAGUUUUUAAAGUGAACUGCAAAGGACUCGCAUGCCUCUUGGUCUUCACAGUAAGCAUUUGUGGCAGUGCCCCAGGGAUGUGUCCAACAGCAUGCAUCUGUGCCAGUGAUAUCAUAAGCUGCACCAAUAAGAACCUCAGUCGAGUGCCAGGAAAUCUUUAUAAAUGUAUAAAAAGGCUGGAUCUGAGUUAUAACAGAAUUGGGAUUUUGGAGCCUGAAUGGGUCCCAGUGUUAUUUGAGAAACUGAACACUUUAAUAGUCAAUCAUAAUAGCAUUAGCAGCAUUGUCACUGGAAGCUUUUCUACAACUCCAAAUCUGAAGUACCUAGACUUGUCAUCCAACAGCCUGAAGACACUGGGCAGCCCUGUGUUUCAGGAGCUAAAGGCACUGGAGGUUCUCCUGCUGUACAACAAUCAGAUAACACAGAUCGACUCUUUAGCAUUUGGAGGAUUGUACAAUUUACAGAAACUAUACUUAAGCUACAACUUACUCUCAAAUUUUCCACUGGACUUAUACGUUGGAAAACAUAAACUGACAGACCUUGUAUUGCUGGAUGUUUCCUUUAAUCACAUCCGGUUGAUGCCUAUUCAGCGCUUGAGUUCAGUGCCAGCUAAACAACUUAGUGGAAUUUAUCUUCACGGCAACCCAUUUUAUUGUGACUGCGUCCUGUACUCCAUGCUAAUCUUCUGGUAUCAAAGGCAGUUCAGCUCAGUGGUGGACUUCAAAAAUGAGUACAACUGUUUGUUGCAAUCAGACCCAAGAGGUCACAAUAAACUGCCUUUACUGCUCGACAACUUUCUGAAUUGCUCUGAAAGCACUGUCAACAGCUCUUUCCAAGCUUUUGGGUUUAUUCAUGAUGCCCAAGUUGGUGACAGGCUGAUUGUACACUGUGACAGCAGAAUCAGUGAUGUGGGCACACACUUUGUUUGGAUUAGUCCAGACAAUAGAUUGCUGGAGCCAGACAGGGAGACCAAUAACUUUAAGGUGUUUCCUAACGGCAGCCUGGAGAUAACAGAUGCCCAGCUAGAGAACUCAGGGCUGUACUCCUGCAUCGCAAUAAAUAAGAAAAGAUUAUUAAAUGAAACCGUAGAGGUUAGAAUAAAUGUUAGCAAUUUCACAAUGAACAGGUCCCAUGCUCAUGAAGCAUUUAAUACAGCUUUUACCACCCUUGCUGCCUGUGUGGCCAGUAUUAUUUUAGUAUUACUGUAUCUCUAUCUGACCCCCUGCCCAUGUCAAUGUAAGGCGAAAAAGAAGAAGAGGAAGCUGAACCAAAGCAGUGCCCACUCUUCCAUACUGAAUUCUACAGUGCCGCAAGAGCUGAAUUCUACAAUGCCAGCAGACGAGAAGAAGGCUAGCACUGGUAAACGGGUAGCUUUUCUGGAACCUGUGCAUGAACCAAAACACAGUCAGAAUGGGAAAGUAAAACUGUUUCCUAAUGACAGCGUCAUUACUGAGAGUAUCUUAAAAACUACUCGAACAAAAUCCGACUCUGAUUCUGUCAACUCUGUGUUCUCAGAUACACCUUUCAUGCCACCAACUUAGUUUGCUGCCUGUGUUUGUAUUGUGCAGUUACUUUUCUGAAUACCUCCUCUGCUUGUAGCAACCAUCAGGAAAAACAAAUAAAAAGAGAGAAAAUGUUUUAAAAAA